AGAGAUAGAUAUAAAAAAAUAAAGAGGGAAAACGACAAACUGAGUGAGAACGAUGAGGGUGGGUUCUCCUAGUGUAUAGUGACACGCGAAUAUGCAGGAAGAGUUAAAUGAAGUGGAAUUAAGAGAUAACUUGGGAUAUUACGAAACUGAUAAUAUUGUCAAUCUGUGUCGGCACUCAGAUUGCUGUUAAUUCGGGGCGAGUGAUCGUAACAAUGGUGACCAGUCUAUAGCAUAUAGAAGCAGAAGUAGAAGCAAUAGGAGCAAUACCAGCAGUAUUACCAUAGGCGACUAAUGGAUGCACAGUAGUACCAUCAUCACCGAGUAUUUGUGACAUUAUGAUAGCCCGAUACCGAGGCAGGAAGGGAUUUUCGUAGGGGGAUAUAGCGACAGUGUAUGUAUCACCCAUAUCUAAUUGUACCACCCAAGGUGGCAUACAUUUAAAGCCCCAUCAGCACACAUCCUCUCUUGCAACUGACCAGGAUUUUGCCGCUUAUUUUUUACACUUGCCGAGACUCAGAUUCGCACAGUUUACAAACAGUGAAAGUUUAUUAAAAGAUAAAUAACAAUUAUUAUUAUUAUCAAUAUUAUUAUUUUUAUCUGUUGAUUGAUAAUUAUCAGAAAAUUAUUGAUAGAUAAAUUAAAUUAUACAUUUGACAGCCGACGUUUAAUUUUACGCGCAUUAUUUUUUUUCCUCGGCAACCGACAACGAGUCGGUCCACUUCGGGCCCCUUUGGGGAGCAUUUGCCUCCUCUUGUAGUCACUCUACACUUCCGCCUCACCGGAAGCGAGGUCCAUGUGAACGGGCAGAAGUGACCCCACCGACACCGAAACCGUAGCGUCCACACUACUGAAGAUGGAAGCUUCUGAAUUAUCUCCUCUAUCGGGAGCGGACGCUCAAUCAAAACCCGCAGAAAUCGAGAGGAGAACCUGCUACCGCGAUUCACCAAACAAGAGGCCACUUAAUAGACGUCAAAGGAUUACGUCAUGUUUAAGCCACAAUGCAUUGACUAUUCUUACUAUUUCUGGUGUUGUUGGUGGUAUAGUGUUGGGUCUAACAUUGAGACAUGUACGCAGUGGUUGGACCGAACGUGAAAUAAUGUAUGUCAACUACGUGGGUGAACUGUUUCUCAGAAUGCUCAAGAGUUUGAUUCUGCCGCUUAUUAUUUCAAGUUUGGUAUCUGCUAUCGGAUCUUUAGAUUUAUCACUCAGUGGUAAAAUCGGAGCACGUGCUAUCACAUAUUACAUGGUUACUACUGUUAGUGCUGUUAUACUCGGUAUUAUACUGGUUAUAACAGUCCAACCAGGAAAGUAUGGUAAAAGUGAUAAUUCAUCACAAGAUAAUAGUGUGGGACCACGAAAUGUUUCGACUGUUGAUACGUUGAUGGAUUUGAUCAGAAAUAUGUUCCCGCCAAAUUUAGUUCAAGCUUGUAUUUCUCAGUACCGCACUGUACUUACAAGACAAUCUGAUAAUCCAUCUAAUGACAUAACCACAUGGAAAAUAUCAAGUGAGGAUCCAACAGGAAUGAAUAUAUUAGGUCUGGUAGUAUUUGCAACAGUUCUUGGCAUAACUUUGGGUAAAAUGGGAUCAACUGGAAAACCGCUGCUGAACUUUUUUGAAGCACUGUCCUCAGCAAUGAUGAUAAUUACAAACUGGGUAAUAUGGCUGUCUCCAGUCGGUGUUUUAUUUCUCGUGUCAUCAAAAGUAUUGGAAAUGAAAUCAUUCGAUGUAAUAUUGGGUCAAUUGGGAAUGUACUUUUUAACAGUUCUAGUUGGCCUCAUCAUACAUGGUUUCAUUGUUCUCCCAACAAUAUUCUUUAUAAUAACAAGGAAAAACCCUGUAAGAUACAUUUCAAAUAUGGCGCAAGCUGUCGCUACGGCAUUCGGUACCUCUUCGAGUUCAGCAACUUUACCAGUUGCUAUCGGGUGUUUAGAAGAUCGCAAUGGUAUUGACCCUCGAGUAUCACGUUUCGUAAUGCCUAUCGGGGCUACUAUUAAUAUGGAUGGUACAGCAUUGUAUGAAGCUGUUGCAGCUAUUUUUAUUGCCCAAGUUCGCGAGAUUUCAUUAACUUUUGGACAACUUGUUGCUGUCAGUAUUACAGCAACUGCUGCAAGUAUUGGUGCCGCUGGAAUACCACAAGCAGGUUUAGUUACUAUGGUAAUGGUUCUAGAUACUGUAGGACUUCCCGCAAAAGAUGUUACUUUAAUUAUAGCAAUUGAUUGGCUACUGGAUCGUUUUAGGACAUCAGUGAAUGUUAUUGGUGAUUCAUUGGGCGCCGGAAUAGUUAAUCAUUUAAGUAGAGAUGAAUUAGCAGCAUUACCACACCAUGUACAAUCAAAAAAUGGUACCGAGCAUAACACAACGUCGAUAUGAACUGAUUCGUGAAAUAAACCAUGACAAUAAAUAUUGGCCAGGGUAAAUGAGCGGCCAUUUAUGCAAUUAAAACAUAAUUAUGAUAAUAAAUUAUUACAUAAAUAAUAUUAAUGUUAAUUAAUAAUUAUAGUAACAAUAAUCGAGGUAUUAAAAACUUAUUGUGUUAUGUGACACGAUUCAAAUUUAAUCACCGUCUAAGUGUUCUAGAUGCCUGAGUGUUUCAUUAUAUAUUUUGUUCUUCAUUAUUAUUUAGAUACUUUUUAUGAUCAUUGAGGUGAUUGACUGAUUUAUUUAGACAAUGUCUAAUAAAACUUGUGAAAAUGUUUAUUCAUUAGACAAUUAACAACGAAGGAACUAAAAAUUAUUAUAUAAUUUUAUUAUAAAGUUUUUUUUUCUUUUUUUUUUUUUUUUUUUUAAUUAUAAUCAAUCAUUUAGAUAUUUAAUUUUAUUGCUAAUAUUUAUGAGUAUAUCAUGUUGUAUUUAAAACUAUGUAUCAUAGAAAUUAUUGAUAUAUAUUAUUAGUGAAAGUAUAAAUUAAAAAUAAUUUUACGCUGGCGAACAUAUCGAUUGAAUCGAGAGUAUACAAACAAAAAAUAAAAACUAUAAAAAUUAUAAAUUAUAUAUGUAUACAUUUAAAUAUUAUAAACAUAUAGUUAUAUGUAUGUAUGAGAAGAAGUAUUAUCGAUGUUCCAGUUUUAAAUUACCGAUACAAUAAACUGAAUUAUUUAUAUAUCGUUGCCAAAUUCGAAUACAUACUCAUAUAUAAAUUAUAUACAUUUAUGAAAAUAAAUAAAAUAAACAAAUAAAUAUUUAAUAGAUUAAAUGAAAAUUUAUGUUCGUAAUGGUAACUGAACAAUGUGUACAAUUAUUGUAUUUGCGGAUUACCGUAACAAAUGAAAGUAAAAUAAAAAAUGUUAAAUGA